CGCGUCUCUUGCUGAUGAUGAGGACUCAGUCCCAGGACCCCCGGCCCCUGACAUUUAUGGGAUCACGGACCAAGCAAGUCCUGCUCACCCCUCUCAUGCAUCCAGCACGCCCCUUCCGAGUCUCCAACCACAACAGGAGUAGCAGGCGAGGGGUGAUGGCCAACAGCCUCCAGGAGCUCAUUAGCAAGACCCUGGAUGCCCUGGUCAUCACUGCUGGGCUGGUCACUCUGGUGCUGGAGGAAGACGGCACCGUGGUGGACACAGAAGAGUUCUUCCAGACCCUGGGAGACAACACACAUUUCAUGAUCUUGGAAAAAGGACAGAAAUGGACUCCGGGCAGCAGGUAUGUCCCCAUUUGCCAGCAGCCAAAGAAAUCGGGGAUUGCAAGAGUCACCUUUGAUUUAUACAAGUUGAACCCCAAGGACUUCAUCGGCUGCCUCAAUGUGAAGGCCACUAUGUAUGAGAUGUACUCUGUAUCCUACGACAUCCGGUGCACGGGGCUCAAGGCCCUGCUGAGGAGCCUGCUGCGGUUCCUGUCCCACACUGCCCAGGUGACCGGACACUUCCUCAUCUACAUGGGUACAUACAUGCUCCGAGUGCUGGGUGACACAGAAGAACGGCCCUCCCUCCAGUCACAUGCCUGGGGCCAGUUCACAUCUGGAAAAGGUCUUAGGCUGCGGAGGGCUCAGCCUGUGUCCUAACCCAAAUACUGUCUUGAGUGACAAGUUUUGAAGAUGCCUUAAUGUUCUGACCCGCAUGCACUUGUAGGUUGCUGGUCACUCUGCUCAGGGGUGGCGUGCCACUGAAGGAAAGGGCUUGGUGGCAUCUGAUGUGGGACUGUGCCACAUGGUACCCUGCUGGGGAGGGGGGAUGGGGGCCCUGAGGCUGGGGGGCACCAAGCAGCUCGUGGGUCCUGCAGGUGCAUCAGGCCUACUUGGCUCCUCACCUCCUGCAAUGAACA